AUGUUACUUCCAAAAUAUUUAUACUUUCCAUCUGUUCAUAUCUAUCUCUAUCUAUCUAUCUAUCUAUCUAUCUAUCUAGGCCUAUACAUACCUAUCAUAUUCUCUUCAUUAUCUAUCUAUCUAUCUAUCUAUCUAUCUAGGCCUAUGCAUACCUAUUUUAUUCUCUUCAUUAUCUAUCUAUCUAUCUAUCUAUCUAUCUCAAUCUAUGUUUCUUUUUCCUUCUUUCUUUUCCUAUUCUAUAUUUUUCUUUCUAUCUUUUCCAUUUUUUAUUUAUUUCCUUUCUUUCUUCCUUACUUCUUUCUUUCCAAUUUAAAUUUUCUUUCUUUUACUUUGGUUCUUUCUUUCUUUCUAUCUCAUAUUUAUGCUCAUUCUUUCUUACUUUUCUUUCUUUCUUUCUUUCCUUCCAAUUAUAAAUUUAUUUUCUUUCUUUCUUUCUUUUCCCAUUCUAUAUUUUUUCUCCAUUUUUCUUCUUUAUUUCUUUUUGAUUCUAUAUUUAUUUUUCUCUUUCUUUCUUCUUUUUUCUUUCUUUCUUUUCGAUCUUAUAUUUAUAUUCAUUGUUUCUUCCUUUUUCUUCUUUAUUUUCAUUAUAAAUUUAAUUUCUUUCUUCCUUUCUUUCUUUUUCUUUCUUUUUCUUUCUUUCUUUCUUUCUCAUUCUAUAUUUUCUUUGUUUAUUUUUCUUUCUUUUCCAUUUUAUAUUUAUAUUUUUUCUUCCUUUCUUUCUUCCUUUCUCAAUCUAUAUUUUUCUUUGUUCAUUUUUCUUUCUUUUCCAUUCUAUAUUUAUUUAUAUUUAUUCUUUCAUUCUUUCUUUCUGUUUGUCUUUCUUUCUUUCAUCCUUUCUUUCUCAUUCUAGAUAUGUUUUGCACAUUUUCCCUCUUUUUUCUUUCUUUCAAAUUAAAACCACCAAUCAUAUUCUUAAAUAAUCUUACCUACUUGGAUUAUCCUUACCACUACGGACUUGAUAUCAUUAUCUAUCUAUCUAUCUAUCUAUCUAUCUAUCUAUCUAUAUAUCUACAUACAUCAUAA